GUAGCCUUUGUUUGUACUUUUUAUGAUAAAGUAAUUCAGCAACAACACCGGUCUCAAAUUUAACAUCCUUUCGCGAAUCGGAGUAAAAAUGUUUUCAAGGAUAAAUCGUUUAUAUUCUGUUUCAAACAAGACCUUGCUUCAGAGGUUUAAAAGCACACUGGUGAUUGCCGAACACAACAAUGAGGCUUUGACCCCAGUAACAUUAAACACGGUGACUGCUGCAAGUCAGAUAGGAGAUGUCACAUGUUUGGUAGCAGGGGAGAACUGCGGAAAGGUUGCUGAAGAGCUGAGUAAAGUCGCUGGUGUUACGAAAGUCUUGGUGGCUGACAGUGCUGCAUAUAAAGGUUUCCUUGCAGAGUCGCUGACACCACUUGUUCUGGCCGUACAGAAACAGUUUAACUUUGAGUACCUUUUUGCACCAGCCAGUGCAGUAGGAAAGAGUUUGAUGCCAAGAGUGGCUGCCAAGCUUGAUGUUUCCCCUAUAUCAGAAAUCACCGGAGUUAAGGGGGAGGACACUUUUGUCAGGACCAUAUAUGCCGGAAAUGCUAUUCAGACUUUGAAGACGAGUGAUGCAAUAAAGGUAUUGACUGUAAGAGGCACAGCAUUUGAGGCUGCUCAGACAUCAGGUGGAUCAGGGACCAUAGAGCAGGCCCCAUCAGUAGAGGAAAAGAAUAACAAGACAAAGUUCAUCAAUCAGGAGAUCCACAAAAGUGACCGGCCAGACCUCGCCAGCGCCAGGAUUGUCAUCUCCGGGGGUCGUGGGAUGAAGAACGGUGAGAACUUCGGUAUGUUGUAUGAGCUAGCUGACAAGAUGCACGCAGCUGUUGGAGCCUCGAGGGCUGCGGUGGAUGCAGGGUUUGUACCCAAUGACAUGCAGAUCGGACAGACCGGCAAAAUUGUGGCUCCAGACCUGUACAUUGCUGUAGGCAUCUCCGGAGCCAUCCAGCAUCUGGCAGGCAUGAAGGACAGCAAGGUGAUUGUCGCCAUCAACAAAGACCCAGAGGCCCCUAUCUUCCAGGUUUCUGACUACGGUCUUGUUCAAGAUCUCUUUAAGGCCAUACCCGAGAUGUCAGAACAAGUGUAACUUCCAUUGAAAUAUGAACAAAAGUGAUAUUUGGCAAUGAGGCGCUAGUU